AAACUGAAGAGGCUAAUCACGCUGCUGGUCCACAUGCACCAUACCGGCACCAUUAUUUCGUCCUCAAACAGAGUUCUUCUACAUUUGUACCACUCUCCCGGUUCUUCUACGCCACCAAAAGGUCACUGCACGUGUUGUCCAAUCUCUGUCACCCGCCCAGCCAAACCAGUCGCCAUAGUUGCUGGAUUGAGAAGAAGAUCCCUCAAGGCCUGCGCGGCUAAGCUUUUGCCCAAGUAUCCUUCUUCUCUUUAGUGGAGAAGUAGGAAGCAGUCAUCGAAAGAGCCGCUUUAGCUUUGGCCCCAGAGUUUGGUGGCCUAGCUGGAUUGGAUAUUUGGGUGCUGCCUACCUCGUUCUCCAGAAGUCGUCUGAUUCUUGGCCUAGUCCUUUGAGCAGAUCAACUGCAGGCAAAGUGAAAUAAGCAGCUCAGUUGGAUUUGGAACCCGGAGCAGCCUCUUCCCCUUCUGCAUCCUCUGAAGACUCUCUGAGGUGCACGUCAUCGGAGCGACGCCAUGGGAGAGGUCGCAGACAUGUACACCCAAGACGGGACCGUCGACAUCAAGGGGAACCCCGCUGUGAGGAAGGGCACCGGCAACUGGCGCGCCUGCCCUUACAUCCUCGCGAACGAGUGCUGCGAGAGGCUGGCGUACUACGGCAUGAGCACCAACCUGGUGAACUACAUGAAGACCCGCCUCGGCCAGGGGAACGCCGUCGCCGCCAACAACGUCACCAACUGGGGGGGCACCUGCUACAUCACGCCGCUCAUCGGGGCCUUUUUGGCCGACGCCUACAUGGGAAGAUACUGGACCAUCGCCAGCUUCAUGAUCAUCUACAUCUUCGGGUUGGCGCUCCUGACAAUGGCGUCCUCGGUGAAGGGGCUGGUGCCGUCGUGCGACAACGGGACGUGCCACCCGACGGAGCCGCAGACGGCGGCGGUGUUCGUGGCGCUGUACCUGAUCGCGCUGGGCACGGGCGGGAUCAAGCCGUGCGUGUCGUCGUUCGGCGCCGACCAGUUCGACGAGAACGACGAGGGCGAGAAGCGGAGCAAGAGCUCCUUCUUCAACUGGUUCUACUUCUCCAUCAACAUCGGCGCGCUGGUGGCGUCGUCGGUGCUGGUGUACGUGCAGACGCACGUCGGCUGGGGUUGGGGCUUUGGCAUCCCCGCCGUCGCCAUGGCCGUCGCCGUCGUCAGCUUCUUCUUCGGCACGCCUCUGUACCGGCACCAGCGGCCCGGGGGCAGCCCUCUCACGCGCAUCGCGCAGGUGCUCGUCGCGUCUGUGGGCAAGUGGAACGUGGCCGUGCCCGCGGACAGCUCGGCGCUGCACGAGACCCUGGACAGGGAGUCCGGCAUCGAAGGGAGCCGCAAGCUCGAUCACACUGACCAGUUCAGGUUCCUUGACAAGGCCGCGGUGGAGACGGCAGAGGACAAGGCGGCGGGGCGCGCGGCGAGCGCGUGGCGGCUUUGCACGGUGACGCAGGUGGAGGAGCUGAAGAGCGUGGUGCGGCUGCUGCCCAUCUGGGCGAGCGGGAUCGUGUUCGCGACGGUGUACGGGCAGAUGAGCACCAUGUUCGUGCUGCAGGGCAAUACGCUGGACCCGCACAUGGGCCCCCACUUCAGCAUCCCCGCGGCGUCGCUCUCCAUCUUCGACACGCUCAGCGUCAUCGUCUGGGUGCCCGUCUACGACUGCCUUAUCGUGCCUGCCGUGCGCUCCAUCACCGGCCGGCCGCGCGGGUUCACGCAGCUGCAGCGCAUGGGCAUCGGCCUCGUCAUCUCCAUCUUCUCCAUGCUCGCCGCGGGCACGCUCGAGGUGGUCCGGCUGCGCACCAUCGCGCGGCAAGGCCUGUACGGGGCCAAGGACAUCGUGCCCAUCUCCAUCUUCUGGCAGGUGCCGCAGUACUUCAUUAUCGGCGCCGCGGAGAUCUUCACCUUCGUCGGCCAGCUCGAGUUCUUCUACGACCAGGCACCCGACGCCAUGAGGAGCAUGUGCUCCGCGCUGUCGCUCACCACCGUCGCCCUCGGUAGCUACCUCAGCACGGUGCUGGUGACCAUCGUGACGCGCAUCACCACCAGGCACGGCAAGCUCGGGUGGAUCCCGGACAACCUCAACCUCGGCCACCUCGACUACUUCUUCUGGCUCCUCGCCGUGCUCAGCCUCCUCAACUUCAUCUUCUACCUCGUCAUUGCCAGCUGGUACAAGUACAAGAAGACGGCGGAUUACCCGGACGCCAAGGGGAGCACAACCGAGAGCACUGAUGGAUGAGCAUAGCACCAAUCAGUACAGGCUGACUGCUGAACAGAGAAAGUGAAGCUGAAGCUGAAGUGAUUUCUCUAUGCUGUUUGGCUUUGGGUUCUUGUGUCAAUGCGUGCGUGCGUGCUCAAAAUCAGCUCUUGAAAGAAGAUGAAAGCAAGAAGAAAUUGUACUUCAGACGGGUAAAUGGUGUCAUUUGUGACGUUGAAGAAUGUUCUAUGACAAAGUUCAAUGUAGUGCGUGUCAAAUUAGUUGUUUAGAUGUAAUGUUUAGUUUGACGUGCAAUGCUUGAUCACAAGUACCAACAUUUAAGACAUAGAAGUACUUUGUUAUGAGAAGUAUUUGUAGGUAAAUGUGGAAUCAGUUUAAUACCUUAUUCUAUCACAAACAUUGUGGCAACUAUAACAAGAAAAAGUUGACUU